UGUUAAUUUUCUGUAGUACAACGGACUCCAUUGAAUAUGUCCAAUAUUUCUUCUCCCUUAAUAUAUACUUUGUCUAAUUAAUCUUUCUUGGGAAGUAAUGACAAGAAAUUGCGUGGAAAUUGCUACAGCUGUAUAGCGAUUGAAUUGUCUCGCUCCACUGCGGCUUAGUCAUGCAUGUUUUUUACGACGUGAUAGGUUCUUGUUUGUAGUCAAGCUGACAAACAUUCUCGUCGCACAAAUUUCCAGUUUACCCUUGCCCUCAUUAUGCUCGAAAUAUUGGCUUGAAUGAUCAAUGUUUUGGUUAUUGUGGUUAGAAAGAAAACUCGUCACUCUACUCCGGAUUGUUUUGCUUUUCCUAGCAACCUUCGAUGUUUCAAUUCGCUCAAGAUGUCAGCCUCAAGCGUUUUCAAUUGAUAAAAUCCAAGAGGACAAGGGUUUGACCAGAAGCACUCUACCCAGAAUAACAGAAGAGCUAGUCAAGAUUCGCAAGAAGAGAGAGACACAUACUGUUUCAAACACAACAGUACAGGACAAUCACACUUACUAUGCUAUAGAGGUCCUUCAUGAAGGGCAGCACCUGUGGUCUGAUCUCAGGGAGAGGGUAGGAAGUGUUCUUGAUGACCAUUUAUCAGGCAAGGGAUUGGCUAUCAAGAAUUUGGAACUGUCUUUUGAGUUUCCAUACUAUGGUCAUAAUGUGACAACUAUAACCCUGACUACAGGAGGCUUUGUUAAUCUGGGUACAUCAAACAGUCGUCAAAUAGCCAACUUCCAAUAUGUUGCUCCACUCAUGGCAUACUUCAAUCCCUCUCUCAAAAACAACAGCCAUGUUUAUCAUUUUGAUAAUGGAAAUGAAUUCAUCGUACAAUGGUCAUCUGUAUUCCUUCAUGACAAUCCAGAUGCUGGGGGCUUCACAUUUCAGUGCAUGCUCAACAGGACUGGUGAAAUUGUUUUUUCCUACCACAAAAUUCCAAUUCCAGUUGCCAAUAUUUCCAGUGCUGAACAUUCAGUCAAUAUUGGGAUAUCAGAUGCUUAUUAUGUGGACAAACUAAGACACUACUAUGGCAUUUGGCAAAUAUUUCGCAUAUUUUACACGUACGAUGCAGUGCACAUCAACAAAAGUUUCGUCGCUGAUAACACAGCCAUUAUUCUUCGUCCCAAGAAAAAUUGUGUUGGUGCCAAAACUUGUGCAGAAUGCAUGGAAGCAAGAAGAACCACCGAGUUUCAAUGCACCUGGUGUAGCAAGCUUAAAAGAUGCUCGGAUGGUUUUGAUCGCUAUCGCAGCGAGUGGCUAGGAGCGGACUGCAACAAAUCAGCCAUUACUCAAUCAGAAAAUUGUAUCAUCCAAACCAAAGAGCAAGUGCAAGAGCAAGAGUCGGCCACAGACCUCGCUCCAUGGCUAAUAGCUGUCAUCUGUGCGUGUGCAGUAGCGCUAAUUAUUCUAGGGGCGUGGCUGGUUUAUGCAUUUACACAUCCCAACUCUAGAUCAGGAUUGUGUCUUAUUCAGCAAGGUCCUGGAAGAUGUUGCAAGAAAGCACCGGAUAAGUACGCAGAACGUUCUCCGACAAACUCUUCUGUGUUUAACAAAGUUCUCUUUUAAAACUUUCUGAGAAAUUUUAAACGCCUACACUAGGAAUGUGUUUAAUUAUCUUUACAAAGCAGACCUCACGUAUCUUUUUUACUUUCGAUAGGACAAAAACUUUUAAGAGCUUGAAGAACAAAAAUGCAUAUGGUAAUUACUGUUUCCUAAUCUUGAUGUAAAAGCUCCACUACUCCGCUAUAGCUUCAAAUAGUUUUUGCUAUUGUAUCAAACCUUGGCGAUUGUUAACCUGUAUUUUUUACGUAUCAUCUUUCUGUACAUAGUAGUUUCUAUAUAAUGUUGUGCAUCCUGCUAUAUCAUUCCUUGCUCAUUACAGGCCAGUGAAUUAUAAGCCUUCGUGAAACAUGUUGACUCUUUUCCCCUUUAACGUGGAUUUGAGACAAAAGUUAAGAUGAAUUAAGUCUAUUUGCGCCAAAUACGGUUAUUGCUUUACUGUUAAAAUUAAUAGUUAAAUUGUAUCAGUUUCCUUUUUAUUCCUUCUAUUAUUCCUAUCAUUCCCUCUAUUUCAGUCUACCAUGAAACAUGUUUUUAUCAUUCACUAUUAUUUCAUAGAAAGCUUAUUUCUGAUUACGGGAUUCAUUUUUCUGGUGACUGUGUAUUUCUAUCGAAUGUAUAAAACACGUUUACACAAGUCUCCAUGAAGCAGUUGGCACUGGGAACCUAAUUUGAUUCCAAUCUAAUGGGAUAUUUAUCGCAAUUCUACAACCUCCCAGUAAUUGAAAUCUUACAGGAUCAGUUGGCCGUAAAAUCAAAACAGCUUUGAGUUCCAGUGCAUCAUUUUUGUUAAAUCCUCUCUCAAACUCGAAUCUCGUAAGAUUUAUACAUAUUUAUUAUCAUUGUUCACGUACAUAUGUACUCAUAAUUUUAUAAAAGAUAAAGCUGGGAACUUCCUGAGACCUGACAUGGGAAAACAAAACCUACAAGCUAAAGGGGUCAGAAUAUAUAGGCUUUCUCCUGUUGGUAUUGAAAACUAACUUAUCGAUUCUAACCGCUACAGUAAUAGCAAUUUCAGCUGCUAUCUCCGUUUUACUAUUAACUUAUUAUUUGGCGUGAUGCACCGUUUUAUUUUCACCGUGAACGUAAAAUUGACAAGUGCCUAAUUUCCCAGCACCAGGAUGACCAAUAAAAAAAGCCCUUGAUGGUUUA